AACGCCAAAUGCCUACGUUUGCUUUUUCUAAAAUUACGUUAUAAAUUGUAAAUAUUUAUUCCUUUUUAAGGAUAUGGCCAAAUUGUUAUAGCAUUUACUAGAUUUAAUAAUAAAUAUUAAAUUCAACCAUGGACAAUUCACAAUCUUGUGGCAAUGAAUCAGAAAAUACCUCAAAAAAGAGCCCAUUUGAUAAUUUAACUCAAGCUGAGCUAAUAAAAAAAUGUAAAAAUUUGUUGGUAAUUGCUCAGAAGGCCAAACAAGCCAGGGACGCUUGUCUCGAAGAGAAUAAAACUCUCAAAGAUGACAUCAUUAAUUUUGAACAACAAAGAAAGUCCGAUAAAGAAUGUCUCAAGACAAUGCAAGAAAUGAUUGAAUCCCUAACUGAGCAUAAAUUAAAAUCUAUAACAAAUAUAGACGAACUGAAAAAAGCAGUGAAGACUUUAGAAAGUACAAAUGACUCGCUUACUAAAAAAAAUAUUUCAAUUGAAGAAAAGUUGUUACAGUUUGACACAGAAAAUUUAUCUCUAAAGAGGCAAAUUUCAAGAUUAACCGAUGAUAAUGAUAAACUUUUACAAGAAUUGGAAGUAUUAGAAAAUAGGCUUAAUAAUGAUAAUUCACAAAGUGAUUUAGAAAUAUCACAAAGUGAGUUAGAACUUAAGCUGGAUUCUUUGAUAAAAGAGAAUGAGGCUCUCAAAACAGAAAAAUUAAAAUUGAGUGAAGAAAUUAAUGCCAUAACUAGUGAAGUUGAACUAAAAACGGAGAAAACGAUGGAUAGCUUAAGAAAUAUAUCCAGAGAUAAUAUUGGUUCCAGUAAAAAUAAAUUGCAUGAAGAAUUAUUUGAAGAAACACAGGAUCCUCAUCAAAAUGAUGCAGGCCAUAAAAAGCAUGAAAUCAAUAUUGAUUUGCAAAAUCUAGAAAAAUUAUUAGAGAAAAAACAAGAAGAAAAUAAAGCUCUAGUAGAUGAAAUAAAUAAGUACAUUUAUGAAAAUAGUGAAUUAAAUACUAAACUCACUCAACUAGAACAGUCUGAUAAACAAAAACACACUGAAAAUAAAGUUUUAAAAGAUAAAUUAAAAAAUAUGAGCAUGGAAUUUGAAGAAAACAACAAAUUAAUACAAAAUUUGAAAAUAGAAUUGGAUUUUCAAAUUGGUAAAUUAAAUGCAGAAAAGGAUGAAGCUGAUUCUAAGGAAAAGAAAGCUCAGCAAAUCGCUGAUAAAGAAAAAGAGAAUGUUAAUGUACUAAAGUUACAAAUAAAUGAGCUAAAUACAAUUAUAAAAGAUAAUAAUAAUAAAAUGGAAUGCUUUGAAACAGAAGCAUCUGAAUUGAAACAGAGUUUACAAGCAGCGCUUGCUAAAAAUGCAAAAUUACAAGAUGAUAAUAAUUUACUCUUAAAAAAUAUUGAUGACUUGAAAUUCCAAUUAGGUGAAAGUCUAAGUAGCAAAAAUCUUCUUGAAGAACAAAUUAAUAAGUUAAAUAUACAGUCAAAACAGUUUGACGAUGAACAAAUCCAAGAAAAAGAUGAAAUUAUUAACAACUUGGAAAGUAAUCUUAGCAAUGCCAAAGCGCAAGUAACUGUAUCUGAAGAAGAAAUUAAAACUGUAAAAUUGAAUUAUGAACAAUUAAAUCAGAAUUAUAAUGAAUUGGUGAAAGGCAGAGAAAAGUUAAUAUCUAAACUUAAAAUGUACCAUCAAAAAUUAACUGAAUUUGCAAGCAAUUUAAAACAAUUAAAAACAGACAAGAAUGAACUUUUACAGACCAUGAAAGAUUAUUGCAGUACAAUUUCUGAUUGGCAAAUCAAAAUUACUACUAUAUCCUCACAGCUUUGUGAUAAAUUACUAGAAUAUGAAAAAGAAAUAAAAGCACUGCAAGAUAAAUUAUCAUGCAUUGAAUCUGAGCGACGGAAUAUUACACCUGAAUAUAUUGAAAGUUUAGAGACAUUAGGAAAUGAAAAUCUCAAGCUAAGUGAAGAACUGAAAACUGUUAAUGCCGAGCAAAUUGAGUUUCUGAAAAAUAAACUCGAGAGUUAUGAAAAGGAGAAAGAGGUUCUCAUUAACUCAAACAAUGAUUUAUUGAAAAAAUUAUCAAUUUUAUCAAGUGAUAAUAGUCAGAUGUCUGAAGAAAUUAAAAAAUUACUAGAAGAUAAAUCAAACUUGGAAAGCAAUAUACAAACUCUUGAAGAGGAGAUUGUUGAAAACAAUUUACAGAAAACACAAUACAAUUCCCUGAAAUCAGAUAAUGAGAAGUUAAUCAAAGAACUUAAGGAAUCCAGGUAUAAAUGCUCUGCCUUAGAGGAUAUGGAAACUGAUCUUAAUAAUUUACGUCAACAACUAUGUAAUAAAUCUAUUGAAAAUAAAGAAUUGCUAAAUGAAAUGAGGGAAAUAAAUGAAGUCUUAAAACAAAGAGGCGAAACAAUAUCUAAUCAACAAGAAUAUUGUGGUGAAUUAGAAAAGAAAAUAAUUUCUUUAGAAAAUGAAAUUAAAAAUUUAUUAUUCAAGUUAAAUGAUAAAGAUUCACAAUUAAACGAUAGUUAUACUCAAGUUCAGAGAAAUGAACAGGAAUUAAAAGAUCAAAUUCAACAAUCUGAUCAAAUUAAAAAUAUCAUAAUUGAAAAAGAUUCAUUAAUAGAGUCACUUCAAAACGAAGUUGGAAAGUUGAAGGAUAAAUUAAAUAAUGCCGAUGCUCAAAGUGAUGUGAUGUCAACUUCUACAAUAUCUAGAGCAGAAGAAGCAUCCCGAUUAAAAGAUGUUGAAUCGUCACUUGAAGAGCGCUAUACAAAAAUGAAAUCGCUAGCAUGUAAAUAUAAAAAAAUAGUCACAGAAAAGUGUUCUCAAUUGGCAGCCCUAGAGGCAGAAAAUAAAGCUUUACUUUUGGAGAAAAAUGAAUCUACAGGGAAAGUAUCAUCAAAUGCAAAGAAUAUGCAGAUUUUACAACAAGAGUGUGAUAGAUUACAAGAUGAAAUUGAAGAAGAAAAAAAGAAAAAUAAAGCAUCAGAUAAAAUUAUAAAUUCUUUGAAAGAUGAAAUCACAAAGAUUAAAUCUGAACUCGAUUCAAAAGAGGAGAAUGGCAAUAAAUCAAAGUCUACAACUGAAUCUAGUACUAAGGACAGACGAUCAGUAGAAGGUUCGAAUAAAGAACAACAAAAUCUUAUUUUAAAUUUAAAGAAAAAUCUACAAGAAGAAAUUGAAAAAAGUAAAGGUUUUGAAAAAGAGAUUAAAAAAUUAGAAGAAAUUGUAAAAUCAAAAGAACUGCAGUUAAAUGAACAGAUUAAUAAUGUUAAGUCUAUAAAAGAUGAACUUGCAGAAAGCAAAAAAGAAAUCAAAAAGAACAGUGUCUUAAUUUUAGAAAUUGAUAAUUAUGAAAAGACACUAAAUGAAAUCUCAAAAAAACUUGAAUUACGUAAUGGAAGAAUUAAGGAACUUGAAUCUGCAAUUUCUUCAAAUUCAGACACUAUCAGUUCUUUGAAAGAGCAAAUAAAAUUACUAGAAGCAAAUUUAGAGUCUGAAGUUCAGCAUAGCAAAGAAAUAAAAGACAGAUUAAAUUCUACUCAAACCUCUUUGAAUGAAUCGGAACAUAAAAAUUCUUUGCAAUCAAAUGAGAUGUUACAGCUUAAACAUGAGAUUGAAAAACUUACAUCAAAGAUUGAAGAAAUAGGUGUUGAAUUUACUAAUGUCGUAGCAGAGAAAGAAAAUAUUAUCACUAAUUGUAAAAGUGAAAAAGAUAGCCUUCUAAGGCAAACUUAUGAUAUGGAAAAUACUAUUAGUAACCUCACCGAAAAUCUUAGUAAAUGCAAAGAUGAAUUAAUGGAUGUUAAGACAGA